AGAAAAAAAAAAAGGGAAAAAGAUUUUUAGAAAGUAAAAAGCGAAUAAAGAUCAUGUCAAUUCUUUUGAAGCCAAAAAAAAAAUCCAGAAAUGCCUUUCAAGAUACUUCUUGCAAAACAAGAAACAGGAAAUGAUAAGAUUUUCUCAUCCUUUGUGUAUCUAUUAGACUUAGAGUUAAAAUUGGUUUUGUUUAUUUCGUUUUGAAUAAAACGAACCACCAGUCCACCACAGCACCAGAGAUUUUCUUGAUGAAAGGAUUAGAGGUAAAUAGCUCACAGCCACAAAUGGGUGAGAGCCGACUCUGUGAUUACUGUAAUGUCAACACAGCUCUUCUCUAUUGUAGAGCUGACUCAGCCAAGCUUUGUAUCUCAUGUGACCGCGAAGUUCAUGAAACUAACAAGCUCUUCUCAAAGCACACUCGCUCUCUGCUAUGUGAUGCCUGCGAUGCGUCCCCUGCUUCAAUCUUCUGCGAAACAGAGCACUCUGUUUUGUGCCAAAACUGUGACUGGGAAAGGCACAGUCUUUCUGUGUCUUCCGUGCAUAAUCGGAGGCCAAUUGAAGGGUUUAGUGGGUGUCGUUCUGUUAGUGAGUUGGUUAGUAUUUGGGGAUUUGAAGAUAUUGGUGAUAAGAAAGCACUGUUUUUGAAUGAAGACAGUGGUUUGGUGGGUUCUGGGCUUGAUGGAUCUGGUUUUGGAGAUGGGUAUUCAGAUUUAUUGGUCUGGGAGAGUCCUGCUGUUAGCAUUGAUGAUUUGAUAGGUUUGAGCGGUUCAGGUCAAAAUUUCCAGGCCUUAGAAGUCCCUCCUCUGCCUAAGAAUCGUAAUGCUGUUUGUGGUCGACACAAGGAAGAAAUACUUGGUCAGCUUCGUGAACUAGCAAGGUCAGAACCUGAUUCAAAUUGGAAAAAUCCACACACUGAACCUAUUAAUGUAUUCCAGUCAUCAGCAGAAGGACAAAAUAGGCAGCUACAAAACAUGCAUACAGGAUGUGAGGAAAAUGUAUUUCAGUGGAUUAGUGAUCCUGGUGAGGCUGGAGUUCAAGUUUCUGUUCCUUGUACAGCAGCGAGAAGCGAUUUAGAAGAAAAUUUUAUUGUUCUUGAUAAGCUUGUCAAUGGCAGUCAUGGAGCAACUAGAGUUCCAAAAAUUGGAUCACAUGAGUUAAACAGCCAGGAGAGAGACUCUGCAAUCUCCCGGUACAAAGAGAAAAGGAAGACGAGAAGGUAUGACAAGCAUAUCAGGUACGAAUCGCGGAAGGUUCGGGCAGAAAGCAGAACAAGAAUUAAGGGACGCUUUGCUAAGAUUGACCGUUGAAACAAUUGAACGUUUUGUCAUCAAGAUUCUGCAGUGCGGCCAUCCCCUCACAAUUAUAUUAUUGUUAUCUUAGCUUAUUGAGAAGUAUACAAAGUGUGUAUAAUAAUCUGUCUGCAUAUUUUGUUUGUAUUUGACUACUGUAUGUAGUUUUGGAAGCUAGAGCUUUUACUGUUGUCUGUAGCUUUUAUAGAUAUGAAAAAUAGCUAGGCUAGCUUUCUUUUUCUCUUGUAUCAGAAAAUUUUGAAUGUAAGAUAUGUACAGAGCAGCAGAGAACUAUUGCAUUUGAAUGUUAAAGAAAAAUCAAAUUUCUCAAA